AUGGGGAGGAAGAAGUGGAGGAGCCUCAGCGAUCUGGAGAUCGAGGAGGUUCAAGGGUUCAAGGACCUAGGAUUCGUCUUCGACAAGGAGGCGAUAAACCCUAGCGUGAUGGAGGUGAUCCCCGGCCUCCGCGACCGGCGGCCGCCUGCGGUGGGCAGCGGAGAGGAAGAGGAGGCCCCAGCUGUUCCCCGGCCGUACCUCUCUGAAGCUUGGUUGGCGCAGAAAUCUGCUCCGCCGCCGACGCUGGACUGGUUCGGCGGCAGCUCGCCGGCGGACAGGAAGCUCCAUCUCAGACUGUGGGCGCAGGUGGUGGCCUCAAACGUACGUCAGGAAUGUUGA